AUGCUCGGAGAUUUUGAAAGUCAAUUUCCUAAUGAUAGUAAAACCAAGAAGCCAGUAGCAGCUCUUCUAAGCAAACUAAUCAGAAAAAAAAUCUUGGCCGAUGCUGUCAUCAUGGUUACUUCCAGGCCGAGCGAAGCGAACGAUUUAGACAAAGAAAUGCACCCUGAUCACUAUGUCGAAAUUACAGGAUUCUCAGAAUCAGAGGUUAUUGCAUAUGUUAAGAARUAUUUUAGUACAAAACCAGAAGAAGUAAAAAACGUAGCACUUCGUAAGGUUAAAGAAAGCGCGCACUACAUUUCAUUUGGUCGCGUUCCUUUCCGUUGUUUGUUGAUGUGUGUGUUCAUCGAGUGGAAAAUCAAAAAACACGAUAAUUCAUGUCCUCUCACACUUACAGAGUUUUAUUUUCAAGUAAUUCAAUGUAUAGAAAAGAAUUACAAUAGAGCAAUACUUAGUUUAGAUGACAAAGUCGCUUCGUUGGCUGUUGACAAAACGCUCGAUAAUUUUUCAAAGUUAGCGGCACUUUUAGCCGAACAAAAGAGAUUUAGUUUUACCUUACAAGACCUAGAAAACCUAAAAUUAUCAGAAAAUGAAUUAUUGUACAUAAAAUCUAGUAAUCUUAUAUUUUGUAAUCCUGUUUCAAGUAAUAAUUCGCCAUUUCAAAAGCCAAUCUGUGAAUAUAGCUUCACGCACUUUACCAUUCAAGAGUUUUUUGUUGCUCGGUAUUUGGUGAAGAAAGGUCUAGUAAUGGCGGCAGAAGAAAGCACUGAAAUGGUGUACACAUUCAUGAGCGGUUUGUUAGGUUUAAAUGAUAAUAAUGAAUUAAUGGUAGAACUACUAGAGUGUCUAGGUAAACACAUAAAGAAUACAUUAUUUAAUAAUAGACUAAGACUGGUGUCAUUGCGAUGCCUGCACGAGUUUGGUCAAGACAAACGCUUGACAAGACAAGAACUAAAUACAAACCGUGACUACAGAUACUGGGAUAGUGAUGGGAGGAUUGUAUUACCUUAUGGUGUAACCGACACGGACUGGGAUGCAAUCGCUAUGUUAGUAGAAUCCACUGCUACAUCAAUAUCAUCACCACCACACACAUUGYACAUURKUKGSUCACCGAUAACCAUUACCGGGAUAAAGAGAUUGAUGUCAUCACUCAUUAUAAACUGUUCAAUAACUAGACUGGUGCUGAGGUUGUGUAAUUUGAAUGAUGAACAUGUAAAGUGUUUGUGUAAAGAUUUACAAAAGACAAAAAUAACCCAGCUAAACCUGCAGCGUAAUAAGAUAACUGAUGGUGGAGUGGAUGACAUCAUGAAACACUUACACAGUAAUCUCACCGAGCUAAACCUGACUUAUAAUAACAUAUCUGAUGAAUGUAAAGAGAAAACUAGACAAUUCUGUAGGGAUAAAUAUCCUGGUCUUAGGUUAGUCAUGGACAUAAUGGACAUGUUGUAG